UCCAGCAUGCUGGUGAAGGACGAGUACGUGCACGACUACGAGGGGCAGCCGUCGCUGUCGUCGGCCGAGGGUCACUCGGUGCAGACCAUCCAGCACCCGCCCAGCAACCGCGCGUCCAGCGAGCCCUACAGCGCUCCGGCCAUGCUGGCUCCGGCCGAGGCCAGCACCACCAGCACCACCAACUUCCCCAACAUUCCCGUGGCCUCCACAAGUCAACCUCCCAGUAUAUUGACAGGUAGCCAUAGUGAUGGACUCUUACAGAUUGCGGCAGGGCCCCAGCCAGGAGCUCAGCAGAAUGGCUUUACGGCUCAGCCRGCCACUUACCACCACAACAGCACGACCACGUGGACGGGGAGCCGGACGGCCGCCUACACGCCCAGCAUCCCGCACCACCAGAACGGGCACCUGCAGCACCACCCCCCCAUGCACCCCGGCCACUACUGUAAGCACUGCUCCAUGGGGAUGGGGGCG